AUGCACCGGUGCUGCACUCUGGGCAGGUUUUUCUGCUCGCCACUCCCGUGUUCUGUUGCCAAUCAGCUCAAGACUACUGUGCUGUACACACCCGCGCUCGCCAUACUACCCAGUGUCGCAUAUGUGGAGUACGGCAAAGUGCCAAAGAUGUACCUGGGGCCGUGUACGGCAAUAAAUGACACAUCAGGUUGCAGCGUCUUCGCACUGGGCCUUACGGUUUACGGUGACGGCCGACGAAUGUUGUUAGAUCUGACGGGGUCCAUUACCGUACAGCCAACUAUCAGCUGCGAGCAGGGCAGUGGCGACAGCAAGAAGCAAUGUAAGACGUGCACGAUGGAGAUGCUUCACCUGCCGCGGGGGUGUCUGCCAGGAACUUACAAGUACAAGUUUACUGCGAGUAACGGCUACAGCGAAGUCACCUCGUAUCGCACCGUACAUGUGUACUACAAGUCCUCCACGCUCGUCUCAUUCCCAUCACCGUUAUCCGCCCCCGCCAACUUCAAGUACAACAGUGCAACCUUAGUGGCGGAGCAUGCGGCCGCUAUCAACACUAGUGUCGCAUCACUGGCAGACACCUCCGCCUCAAUCCUCCCGGCGCUCAUAACCAUGAACGCUACCGAGCCGUACAAGAUGGCAUUCUCGUACGCCGCCAAUCGCUUGGCGUCAUUGGGAUAUGACUCCUCAGACAUACAACUGCUGGGUGCAAGCACAGAGCAAGUAUCAAGCGCUACCACCGUGCUCCGUGUGGCGGCGGCAAUACACACCUACCUGCCCUCAGCCGUACACCGUGGUGCUGUCGCUGAUUUCAACAACUUCACAUCGCUUUUCAUGGAUGACCCAUCUUUUCGCCACGAGAAGCUGUUGGAGGUCUUCGGAUACGACACCAGUACGGGAACAGUGCACCUGGCUGGUGAUGCUGACGUCAGUGGUAUUACCCAUCAUCGCCGUGAACUAAGUGAAAUGCAGCCUGAUGACGCCAGCGAUUUGAAGCACUCCUUGGCGGUCCACUAUCCGGCCAACAGCGUUGGCGGCAGCAUUGAAGGCCACCUUGCCCGGGGGUCACGGGCCCAGAAGGCAUUGGAACUCGAUGGUACCAGCCAUGGAAUUGUGGAGGACUUGAUUUUGGAGCUGCUGAUGGCAAACAUCCACAAUCGGGAUCGUGGUGGAGGCGGCAGCUCCAUCCCCGACCGGGAUGCCACUGGUGACGUAUACCAUCACACACUGGUCCCUGCUGCGGGGAGGUGGCUGGUGGCAAUUGCAGAGGCACUCUGGCUGCCCUUGCGGCUCCUGACACCACAGAAGGACAUUGGUGCUGACACCAGUGGCGGGGAUGCAACCAUGGUGACAGGGCUCCCCAACCUAACUCCAAGAAUGCCGAUGCUCAUAGAAGCGCUUUCACAGCAGGCAGUGGAGCUGGCGAUGGAGGCUUCAAGUAUAGCAGCUCGGAUGAGCAGCGGUGAUCUAGAUAGUGGUCCGCAGGCAGCAGACCUGCGUCAGUCAGCAGAGGAGAUGUUAUCAUACUCGCAGCUUUUAACAGACAUGACUAGUGUGGCCGUGGACACGCAAGCUAGCCUGGAUGAGAUCAUCAUCACUCAAAAGGAGCUGCGGUCAGUGCUCGCUGCAGCCGCUGGCGCCUCCGCUGCCAUGCAAAGCUUGGUGACGACUGCUGCUGCAGCAUCCAAUGCAAACGCUGAUGCUGCAGCCACCGCUGCUCGUCAGCUGCUGAUAGAUCUGGAAGCAGGCGCGAGUACGUCCGCAUCAGCGGCCGUUAAAGCAAUGCAUCUGGCAGAGGCGGCAUUGGGGGAGGUUGAGUACGUGUGGAUAAACUGCGGGGAUGACCUGGCAGAUGAUACACAACGCGCAUUGCUUCAGUGGCGGUUCCAUAUCAAUGUGUACAGUACUACGGAUGUGGACGCCGGUGAUGAUAACCCCACAGCGGGGGUAUCCAACGUCAUGUCACCGUAUCAAUCUAUCUAG